AUGAACCGCCUCAGAGCCCUCCUCAAACGCCCCAAGGACUCCUCAUCCAUUCUCGGCGAAGCCACAACCAUCGUAACUCCCCUUCAAAACGACCCCGAACCCAACUUUCCCCCAGGACCAUGGCAAGCCCACCUCCCCUGCGUGCACGCGCCCCGCCACGGAUGCAAACGCCACAACCCGCGGAACCACGACAUCUUCUUUGAUGCAUCCCUCUUUCCCGAGAAAGAUAAGGGCAAGGUUGGGAAGGUGAUGAAAAAGCGGCUUGGUGGGGAUAUACCUGAGGAAUAUAGCAUUCCGGAGGUGCAUAUGGGGGAGGAUGUGCCGAAAUGGACGGAAUUACUGCCGAGGGUGCAUUGUGAAGUUCCUUGGGAUCUAGGUUAUUACCACGUUAAGUGGCUCUCCCAUAAUCCUCCUACAAACACACUCGAGUCAAUUGCUUCUUCCCCCCUCCACUGCAUAGCAACCCUCCCCUCGACCAAUCCCCCCUUAACAUUGGUCACCCGCACAUUGGUUAUCCAAAGCCGAGUUCUUCUCCAAACCUAUUUCUGCUUCCCCCUCGCCGAACUCGAUCUCGGCCCCGCCUGGUCCAAUGGCCGUGUACCCCCUCCCGGAGUGUUUAGUCGAACCUUUGCCAAGAACGCCUUCAUCGGCCGGGGAUUCCAGGAGUUUUACCCGUGCUACACCGAUACGGUAGUAGAGAUCGAGAGCGUGAUCUAUCCGGAUGGGAAUAGAGGGCUAUUGGUAGGGAUUGAUAUUACCAAGGACUUGGGAACUGGAAGGGAGCCGUGGGAGCAGGAGUGGAUCGCACAGGUGGAGGGGAAGUUUACGUGGGCCAUUAAGAGGAGUGAGGAAGACUUUUUGAGGAUGAAGCGGGAGUUUGAAAAGGCGGGGGAUGAGAUUGAAAUUGCGCAGAAGGAGAUGAGGGAGUGGGAGACUCAAAAAGAGAAGAACGAGGUUGGAAAUAAGGAACAGCAGAGCAUUGGAGAGAAAGCGAAGGGCGAAAAGGGCCAGGAGGAAGAGAAACAGAAAGAUAAGCGGGGUGAAGGGGUCAGGAGAGCAGGGGGAAAUGGAGAAUGA